AUGUCGAACACUCCAGGAGUAUCCAUCAACAAGGACGGGAGGAAAACGUUCAUUCCUCUCGAGAAUAACCCCGAAGUCUUCAACAAGCUCAUCCACAGCCUUGGAGUGUCUGAGAAGCUUGGUUUCUACGAUGUCUACAGCGUCGACGAGCCUGAGUUGCUAGCCAUGAUUCCUCGACCGGUCCAUGCUCUGGUUUUCAUCAGUCCUGCGCCCAUGUGGGCUCGUGUUCGUGAGAGCGACCCAGGUUCCAAAGAACUGACAUACGAUGGCUCUGGUCCAGAUGAGCCGGUUGUGUGGUACAGGCAGACUAUCGGACACGCUUGCGGUCUCAUCGCUCUCCUCCAUAGUGUGAGCAACGGCACAGCCAAAGAAUUCAUAAACCCAGGCUCUGAACUCGAAAAGAUUCUCAAGGAGACACAAGACCUCAAGCCCCUUCCACGAGCAGACUUUCUUUACAACUCUGUCGAGCUUGAGAAAGCACACAUGGCUGCUGCAGUGACAGGCGACACUGCAGCUCCUUCGAGCCAGGAACCAUCCGGCUAUCACUUCAUCAGUUUUGUCAAGGGUGCAGAUGGGCAUCUAUAUGAUCUCGAGGGUGGAUGGGGUGGGCCGGUUGAUCGCGGUGUGUUGGAUGAAGGUGAUGAUCUCCUUAGCGAAAAUGCUCUAGAGGCCACCGUCAAGAGAUUCACCAAGGUUGCCGAUGGCAAUCUUGAGUUCAGCAUCAUCGCCCUAUCUACUGUUCCAACCGGUGAAUAG